UAAAAAAACACAAUCAAGUUUUUUACUAUUUUAUAUUCUGUACUCUUAAAGUUUCUUAUACGCGAUACUUAUAAAUUAGUAUUACAAAAUGCCUAGCACUAUACAUCAGUUAUUAAACAACUUUAUACAAAUUGAGAACUUGUCGGUAUGUCAAGCACCAUUACUCAAACAGUACUACUGGGAAUAUUUCGAUAUUGAGAAAUUUAAUUUGAAAUUACGACUACCAGAGAUACGUGUGACGCAUAUAAUACGUUUUCCACCUCAAAUACUAUGUUCGUUGCCUUAUAAAAUUGUCCUAUGGAUACGCAAUGAAAGUGCUAUACAGUAUCGACUAAAUGUGAGGCGUGUGCAGAAAUGUCAAUGUCACUUGGUAGAAACUCGCGUUGGGUUUAAUCAGUUUCGUCAUAUGUUCCACUGUCCUCAUCGGAAUUUAGUACAUAUUCUGCAGGAUAACAUAGUAAUGGAAUCCAAUGAAUUAGUUGCUAUGAAACUUAUUGUUAACUUUUGUGUACUUGGAGAGCAUACAUUAUGUUUCGAAAUGAAAACUUCAGAUGAUCGCACCAUAUCAUUAUAUAUACGUUUAGACAUCGUAAAUUUUAGUCCCAAUAAAUGUGUUUUAACAAAGAAUCUGGUACCGAUUGAUAUAAAAGAAUACCGACGUUGCAUACAAGCAAUUUGGAUACGUAAUAUUACAAUGCAAAAUUUACAAUUUUCUUUUUCCACUGAUGAGCACGGUUUUAAAAUACUUAAUCCCAAUCUAAGUGUACCACGCCAGAGUGUUUGGCCAUUGAUGGUAGAGUACAGACCAACAGAUAUGGAAAAUCUGAUAAGCUUAUCAAUGGCCUAUAAUGGUCGACCAUACAAAGUUUAUAUAAAUGCUUCAGCUUAUGUUAAUGAAGAACCGGAAUUUACUGAGGCACCUGAUAGGGAUUAUGACUGUGUUGACCUUCCAUUUAUUAUUUAUCCAAAUAAAUUAGAUUUUGAUAUGAAUAUGGAAGAGCAACGCACUAAAUUGGUUGCUAUACAUAAUUAUAGUCAAGAAUGUGUUGAGAUGUCUUGGCAAAAAUACGAAAUUAAUUCUACUUUCAAAAUAACUUUUGAUCCACCAAUCUUUCGUCUUAAACCGCAUCGCUCAAAACUUUGUAGAAUCAUUGUAUUAUCAUCCAAACGCUCACUUAAUUUUACACGAAUACCAACCAUUUUGGUUAUAAAUAAAAUACAGGACAAAGCUACAAAAUUAGCUAAAAGUCUUCUGCAGGAAGUGACUUUGAUCGAUGAUCCGAAAUGUGUAGAAAAUGUUUACAUACAACAUGUGUACUUGCAUAUCAAUCUCAAAAUUAACUUUAAAGAAGAAGAUGUUGUUGACUUUGAAUUAGUAGAUCCGGUUCCGGAAGAGCCCAUUAGAGAAAAUCAAAUACCGAGACCACAAACAACAAUAUUUGAAAAGCUUUUCUGGCAAUAUUUAGCAGACUCUAAUUUUCGGCGACCAAAUAACAACAUUCGAACUGAUUAUACUUAUGAAGAGGUCAUAAACCCUUUAAAACCAGCGCCAGAGCCACCAAUCUCUCCAAACAAAGAUGAGUUACUGUCUUACAUAUCCAGAGCUAUAUGUUACAGCUUAAAGAAAACUGCGGCCAAUUGGCGUUUCGUUCCUAUGGAGUAUUGUACAAAUGAAUAAGGUUUACAUUCAGAGUGACACCCUUGAUUCUAUUUCUUAUUAUUUCUCUUAUUUUAGAAUUAAAAUUUUAAAAGAAACAUGUUUUGAUUGAAAGUGAUUAUUCAAAAUUACUUUUUUUGAACUUGUGAGAAAGAUUGAACUAUUAAAAUAAUCAAAACUUGUUUUA